AUGAGUGACGACAAGGUUCCCACAAAGAUCCCUCACUUCGAUGGUCUUCAUUAUGAUCAUUGGAGUGAAUUAAUGGAGAACCUUCUUCGUGCCAAAGGCUUAUGGAGUCUCGUUGAGAAUGGUUCCGAGGAACCACGUGCAGGGACAAUACUGACAGACACACAACAAGAGCAGCUGGAGAAUACCAGAAUGAAGGAUCAUAAGGUGAAACACUAUCUCUUCAGAGCUAUUGACAGAGCCAAUUUUGAGCAAGUUUUGGACAGGCGCACCUCUAAAAUUGUUUGGGACUCGCUGAAGAGAAAGUUUGGAGGGAAUGAUCUUGUGAAGAAGAGGCGCACCUCUAAAAUUGUUUGGGACUCGCUGAAGAGAAAGUUUGGAGGGAAUGAUCUUGUGAAGAAGUCACUUCUGAAUUCAUUAAGAAGAGACUUCGAGGUCCUUGCGAUGAAAGAAACAGAAACUAUUACGGAGUACUUUGCUAAAGUAAUGGAUGUUGCAAACAAAAUGAGGAGCAAUGGGGAGGAGAUGCCAGACUCAAAAGUGGUGGAGAAAGUCCUUCGAACAUUGACGGAGAGGUUUACCUAUGUGGUAGUGUCCAUUGAAGAAUCAAAAGACACUGGUUCGAUGUCCAUUGAUGAACUUCAAAGUUCUUUGGUUGUUCAUGAGCAAAAGUUUAAAAGAACCAGCAUAUAG